GUUCGUGACGUGAGUUAACUCUUUGUAAGUUAAGACAAGAUGACAAACACGGAUAGUAUAGCCGCUGGCGUUGAGAAAAAGGUUUACGAUUUAAUGAUUCAAUGCAAAGGCUCUCGACGUCUGGUUCUGUUGAUUGUAGCGAUUGGUCUACUUCUGGACAACAUGUUACUCACGAGUGUCGUGCCGAUUAUACCGGCAUUUCUAUAUGAACUGCACCACCAAAAGGAUAUGGUUAUCUUGAAUGAGACAUUACGCACAUCGAGUCCAUCCCCAGCACAGUCU